UGGUCUGGAAGCUCCCAUGAUUCACUCCAGUCACGGAGAGUGGUCAUUUCUCACAACAUGGAUAAAGCACUGAAAGAAGUGUUUGACUACAGCUAUAGAGAUUACAUCCUGUCCUGGUAUGGGCAACUCAGCAGAGAUGAAGGGCAGCUAUACCAGCUGCUAUCUGAAGACUUCUGGGAGAUUGCCAAGCAGCUGCGACAGAGGCUGAGUCACAUUGAUGUAGUUAAAGUUGUCUGCAAUGAUGUAGUGAAAACUUUACUCUCGCACUUCUGUGACCUUAAAGGAGCCAACGCCAGGCAGGAAGAUCCACCGAGACCUUUUUCGCUGCACCCAUGCUUGAGGAGCUCUGAUGAAGAAGUAAGAUUCCUGCAAAAAUGUUCUCAAAUUCUGGUGUAUUGUCUCCUACCCUCAAAGGAUGUCCAGUCUGUCAGCUUGCGCAUAGUCCUUGCAGAAAUACUUGCAACAAAAGUACUGAAACCAGUGGUGGAACUGCUGAGUGAUCCAGAUUAUAUUAACCGAAUGCUACUCAGCCAGCUGGAGUACAGAGAACAGAUGAAUGAGCAUCAGAAGAAAGACUACACAUAUGCUCCUUCUUAUGAGGAGUUCAUCAAGCUCAUUAACAGCAGCUCUGAUGUUGAGUUCCUGAAACAACUGAGGUAUCAGAUUGUAGUGGAAAUAGUUCAGGCAACCACAAUCAGCAAUAUUCCCCAAGUGAAGAGGCAGAAAG